GGUCCAUCAGUAGCAUCAUAUCACUAUGUGCUUAAGCCCGGUGUGCCGGUCGGAUCACUUGUCGGGUUGCAUGGAUGAGAUUCGCUGCGUCUCAAACAAUGCAGCCAUGCAUCUGUCGUGCAUACCCCGGACGAAUGCGCAUGCAUCCAAGUCAACAGCCAUGCUGGAGUUUGUGAUUUACAAACAUAAAACCAUCCUGGCGAUACAGCUGCCCGUUUUGGAUUUAACUUCCUCCAUACGAGUCUGGGCCUCCACACACGACUGCGAUUCCGCAAGGGUUCGAGAAGCCGGGUGCUUACCUUUGCAGUAUCCAUGUUUCGACAGGAAGCACAUACCCAGUUACCUGUUCCCACGCGAGUUCUGCCAUCUCGAGGUGUAUCUGACUAUGCCUUGGGUAUAUAUGCUCGAAAGAUUGAUGCGGCGGUGGUGGCUUGAAACAGAAUUUCAGUCAGUGGUCAUCGUCUCAGCUGAACGUGGCACGACUAUGAAUACGAGAGAUGUGCAAAUUGGCCAUACCUAACAGUCAGUAUAGUCUUGUGGAAGGUUCAAUAACAUUUCAAACAGUCAUCAGCUGGACAAAAUAUCUCAUCUGGCUACUAGAACGAAUGAACAGAGA